ACAGUGCCUGGCUUGUAGUAAUUCCUCAAACCAGCAUUAAUCAUAGCCAUUGGACUGACUUGGGUUCAAGUCCUGGCCCUGUAGUUACUUGCUGCGUGACCUUAGACCUGCCACUCUCAUCUGUAACAUGGAGAUCAUUUUUGCUUUCUUCCCCUGUGGUUGUGAGGAGUCACAGAGAUGUGUAUAUACUCAGUGCCUGGCAUGUGAACAUUCAAUAGGAACUGCUGCACAGGCACUGGAAUCAGGGAAAAGUUGUUUUUGACUCCUGGUAAAGCCACUUACGAGAUGUGGCAUUUGGCAAAUGACUGUACCUCAAUGCAUUGGUUUUUUUCAUCGAUUAAAAUAUGGCUAAUAAUAGUCCUCACUCAUGAGGAGGUAGUGAGGCAUCAGCAUGAUGCAUGGUUUUGGUCCUGGUGCACAGUCAGUGCCUGGCAUGUGUGAUAUCUGCCUUACUGAAGCCUCUCCACUCCUUGCUUUUUGAGUGAGGCCAGUUAUGUUUUCUUUGCCCAGCAGUAAAAUCCAGGAGGGAAAGUGGGUCCUAGGGAGUCAAGUACAGGGCGGAAUGAUGUCUGUGGUCAUGUUCAUCAAUAAGAGAUGCAAGCAGAAGCCAGUGAAGGGCAGGAUGAAUCCUAGCCAGAGGCAGAGGAGAGAGUCUCGCAUGUGGAGUCUUAGGGAAAGCUUCACAAAGCAGGUGGUGGCAGCUAAGCAGAGUGAAGGAGGGCUUGCCAGGAGGACAGGAGGAGAUAAGCAUUCCAGGCAUAGGUGACAUUCCCUGUGAAAACUGGGAGGCAGGCAAAGCCCCUGGGUGUUAAAGGGAAGGCUGAGGUGGGAGCCCUGGGAGAUGAGAGACUAACCCACACUUGUAGAGUACUUGAAAUGCAGCAGCACUGUCUCAGGUGCUUUGUACAAAGAAACUCAUCGAGCCCGCACAGCACUUCUCUAAGGCUCCAGGGAACAGCGUCAGGGCUAGGGCGACAAUGGUGUCGGUGACUAUGGCCACUUCCGAGUGGAUCCAGUUCUUUAAGGAAGCUGGCAUUCCUCCGGGACCUGCUGUCAAUUACGCUGUGAUGUUUGUGGAUAAUAGGAUCCAGAAGAGUAUGCUGCUGGAUCUCAACAAGGAAAUCAUGAAUGAGCUGGGCGUGACUGUGGUGGGUGACAUCAUCGCCAUCCUCAAGCAUGCCAAGGUGGUGCACCGCCAGGACAUGUGCAAAGCCGCUACUGAGUCAGUGCCCUGCAGCCCCAGCCCCCUCCCAGGCGAGAUUCGCCGAGGGACCUCUAGUGCAGCCCUGGCCCGUCGGGAGGAGGAGAGCCUGGCUAUUCCCACCAAGCGACGUCGGGUUACUGCCGAGAUGGAGGGGAAAUACAUCAUCAAUAUGCCCAAGGGCACCACCCCCCGGACCCGCAAGAUCCUGGAGCAGCAGCAGGCGGCAAAAGGUCUCCCCAGGACGUCCGUGUUUGACCGCCUAGGUGCCGAGACCAAGGCGGACACGACAACGGGGACUAAACCCACAGGAGUCUUCAGCCGCCUGGGGGCCACCCCAGAGAUGGACGAGGAUCUGGCUUGGGACAGUGACAAUGACAGCAGCAGUUCUGUCCUACAGUAUGCCGGAGUUCUGAAGAAGCUAGGCCGGGGCCCAGCCAAGGCCAGUCCCCAGCCAGUGCUGACUGUCAAAGCCAAAGCCACAAGCUCGGCGACGACAGCCGACACCCCAGCGCUGCGGCGCCUGGCCCUUUCCUCUCGCUCGGGGCUCGAGGGGAAGCCGGAGUCUCUAGCCAAAGUCAGCAUCAUCCAGAGACUGGGCAAGGCUGUCCUUGUGCCCGAGGCCCAGGACAGCCAGGUCACGAGCACCAAGAGUAAGUCCUCGGCCGAGGUCAAGGUCACCAUUAAGAGGACUCUGGGGCCCCGGGGGAGCAGCUCCAGCGAGGGCCUUGGUGCCCAGAUGGACCAUGCGGGCACUGUGAGUGUGUUCAAAAGACUGGGCCGCAGGACAUUCUAGCCCACAGGUGGGGCGCAGGCCCCUCUCCAGGCCCCUGGCUCCAUCAGAGUCUUCAGCGAGUGCGCGCCCACCGCUCUGGAUGGCACUGCUGGUCUCCCUCAGGCAUUCAGGCCCAGCCCGAGCUUCGGGGAUUCACCCCGUUUUUCUGAGUCUGAGAUGGUCACUGUGGCUUGGCCUUGCCGCUCUGGGACUUUCCCUUCUCUCGUGUCCUCUGUUCUGUCCUCUCUGACUAGCCUCGGCAGGGCCCACUUUUCUACCUCUCCCAAGUGCCCAGUGCCCUUUUCCUCUCCUACGUCCCUGUCCCUCCCUCCUAGCAGCAUCUGCUGCCUCAAGCCCCAGCUCCUCAGCCUCCUGGUCCCUCAGAGUGGGUGUCACCUGGAGGGGCUCCCUUAUCCCCCACCUUGCCUGCUUCCCUCCCCCUCACUCCUUUGCAUCCCCUCCCACCCAACUGCUUUAACUUCUCUGUCUCUCCCUCUCUACACUCUGUUCAUUUCUCUUCUGUUUUCUGUCCCUGUGGCAAGGCCCGACGGUCCGCUGCGUCCUGCCUGACCCUCCUGCACCACCGGCCUCCCAGCGGCCCCCUCGUCGACAGUGGCGUCGAGUCUGUAGAGACA